GAAGGAAUUAUUGCAUACAUACGCAUUCAUAUUAUUUAUUUCUUAUAACAUAAAUGCUGCAAUUGAAAAGAUAUGUUAAAAAUCUAUCACGCGACCCUUUUAUAAUCCAGUCUGUUUUCAAAUCAAUGAUAAAGUAAUAACAUAGUAGAAUUAUAUAGAAUUUUAGCGUAAUCCACGUUUAAUCGGACACUUUUGACUGACAUGCUGCAAGUCACGUGCUGUUACCCCACUUUAGGAAUCGAGUCUUUCGUGAUUGGUUGUUUCGUCUUGUCUUUACUUCUACUGUGGAACAUUAUGGCGUCGCAUACUCUGUUAGGUUACGAUAGAGGUCGUCGUCCGUUGUAGGUGUUUUAUGGUGAAAAGUCAUAAAACUGCAGGAUUACAAGUUGCGAGAUGCAUUCAAUAAAGUUUUAAAAGCACCGAAUCAAUUGAUCGCGUUGCAGUUAUUUCGAGGCAUUGAGUGCGUAAGACUAAUUGGAAAUAUAGACUAUAAUAUCCGAGCGGAAAAUAAAAAUCGACUAUAAUGAAAUUCCAUCAAAUUAAUGCACACGAACAAAUUAGAAUAUUUCAUAUAUAUCAGUAAUAGAGUAGACUUGUAAUAUUGACGAUAAAUCAAAUUGUUGCGUGAAGUGUUGAUUUUAUCGAUAAUAUCGCGUGAUAUUUUGUAACACGUAAAAAACGAUUAUUUAGUGAAAUAAAAAAGCACAGUAUGAUUCUUCGACGAAAGUCAACACACGGCUGCAACUGCCCCUGUCAUCAACACUGCUCGACGAAAUGUGCAGAAGAUGUAGAGAGCAUGACAGGUGAGAUUGAAAAUGGAGAUUUGGCAAUCCGAGAUGUUGCAGACCUUCUUCAAUCACAGUAUGCUAUUAUAGCAGGAGGAAAAACUCGAGAAGGAUGUCCUAUAAUUACUUUUCCAGAUAAUGGUAAUUUUCAUAAUUUAUCUGACUUGGAUUACCAACGUCUCAUGCUGUAUCUUACUUCUGUGCCAACAUUACAAGAAGCAGAUCUUGGAUUCCACUUAAUUAUUGAUAGAAGAAAUGAUAAGUGGAACUCUGUGAAAACUGUGUUAUUAAAGAUCUCUGGCUUUUUUCCUGGUUUAGUUCAUGUAGCAUAUGUUCUGCGUCCAGCUGGAUUUUUACAAAAAGCUAUUUCAGAAGUAUCAAACAAGCUAUUUAGAGAAGAUUUCAAAUUUAGAGUUAUAUUUUUAGCAAAUGUUGCUGAACUUCAUGAACUUAUAGAUAAAGAUCAGUUAACUGAACAACUGGGUGGUACCUUGCCAUAUUGUCAUCACACUUGGAUACAAAAUAGAAUUAGUUUAGAAAAAUUUUCAUCAAUGACUCAAGACGUAUCUCUCGCAUUGGAUUCUUUCACUCGGCGUUUAGCCGAAAUUGAAUUUCCUAAUAAUACAGUUGCAACUACAUCUUUACUAUCUCAACAACAAGUAGAAUACAAUGAAUUAAAAGAAGAAAUUCUUAGUGCUGCAAGACAUGGUGAAGCACUAUUGGAUAGUGUAAGACAAUUAACUGGCAAGGGAACAGCUGAUAGAUUAGGAAAUGUUGCAGCAAUAGAAAGAUUGCUUGUUCAGUUAGAAGAAACAGAACGCACUUUUGACCUGUUUUGGACACAUCAUAGUUCUCGUUUGAGACACUGCUUAGCAUUAAGACAAUUUGAAGCUGACUUUAGAGAGUUACAAGCAAUAUUAGAUCAACAUCUAAAAACUAUAGAAGAAAUGACAGAAGUAGGAGAAACUCAAGCAAGGGUUGAGCAGUUAGUUUGUGACACAUCAGCAUUUCAAAGAAUAUGUAGAUCCUAUUUGUUGCAUACCAUGUGGAUUUGGGUCUUGGGAGAUAUAGAACGAGCAGAGGAGGUGAUAUCUGCUGGUCAACAACUAUUAUCUGGGAGGCAUCAAUGUCCUACAGAUGUUGUAGAACCAAAGUGCGUGGAACUACAGAGGAUUUGUACUAUUCUAAGUCAAAGAUUAGAAAGACGAUUACAUAUGUUAACUAAAUGUAGGGAACUCAUGGAACGUAUAGAUAAGGCAAACACAUGGUGUACACGUGGUAUAGAAUUACUUGCCUCGCAAAACAAUACGACUCCACCUGAUCAAGCACUUCAAGAAUUACAAGAAUUAAUAGAAGCUGCUGAAGAAUUUCACCAUCCCAGAUGUAUUUUUCAAGACUCUGUAAUGCCUGAAACUAAGGCUCUUAUUACUCAAGUUUUGCAAAGAAUAGAAGAUGUGUCUUUGAUGUGUGAUAAAAGAAUAAUGACACUAAAACAGCAAUUAAUUAAACCAGCAAGACCAGUUCAAACUGUAACACCUGAACCAGUUAAACCAUUGCAAUCACUGCCUCAAAUUGUUAAACCUGGAAGAAUUCUUAAAAAAGCUAACACUAUGCCGAAGAUGGAGAUGAGUCCUAUAGAAGGGGAAUCUUCAUCUCCAGAAAGUGAAUCUAAAGACACAGAAGCUUUACGUUUAAAGCGUGGACAUGUUUUAGCGGAAUUAGUUGAAACUGAAAGAAUUUAUGUUGCUGAGUUAGGUACUAUAAUUAAAGGAUACAAAAUGGAAUUAAUAAAUGAAGCAAUGGCUCAUUUAGUACCAGCAGCAUUAGUCGGCAAAGGAGAUAUUUUAUUUGGAAACUUAGAAGAUAUAUACAUUUUUCAUGGAGAAACAUUUUUAAAAGAUUUAGAAAAUUGUAUUUCAAAUACCGAACUUGUCGCGUUAUGUUUUGUACAAAGGCGCGAGAUGUUCUUCAGAUUAUAUAGUUAUUAUUGUCAAAACAUUCCGAGAUCUGAAAAAUUACGAGAACAGAUACAAAAUGAACCACAGUUUCUUGCAGCUUGUCAACAAAAGCUUGGUCACAAAUUACACCUUGCUGCAUACCUUCUAAAGCCUGUUCAACGUAUAACAAAAUACCAAUUGUUGUUGAAAGAUCUUUUAAAAUAUAGCGACGAACCAUCGUGUUGUACUGAAUUACAAGAAGCAUUAGAUUGUAUGCUUGUUGUAUUAAAAUGCGUUAAUGACAGCAUGCAUCAGACUGCAAUUACUGGAUUUGGUGGCGAUCUAAAUGCACAAGGUGAACUCUUAUUGCAAGGUUCUUUCAGUGUAUGGAGUAGCAGUAAACGAGAACGGCUUCUCAGGUUAAAACCAUCACAGCGACAUAUAUUCUUAUACGAAAAGGCAUUUAUAUUUUGUAAACAUAGUAAACCACAAGCUCAUAAUAAAGCUACAUACCAUUUCAAAAGAUAUCUAAAGAUGUCACAAAUUGGAUUAACAGAAUCGGUAAAAGGUGAUGCCAGACGUUUCGAAAUUUGGCUACAAGGUCGAGCUGAAGUGCAUACUAUACAAGCAUCUACAGUUGACGUCAAACAGUCUUGGGUCCGUCAAAUUAAAGGCGUUUUAAUGUCUCAAUUGGCUGAGCUUAAAGGGAAACAAAAUUCUGCUCUUGGAAAAACCAAUCACAAACCUUUGCGGCAGACGAUUUCAUGGGAAGCUCAAGGCAGUGUUUCAGGAUCGUUAAGAACUCUUUCAGUUGAUGGUAGCAGUGUUAUAUCGCAUAUUACAGAUAUUUCACAGUCAACUGAAGAUGAUAUUGCAUGGAGUUCAGAAAACAGUAAUACUGAUGAUGAAGAUGCUUUCAGUGAAAAUCCUGGUCCUGCUCCUGGUGGAAGAUAUGUAGCAUUAGCUGAUUAUUGUGCAGUUGGUCAAUCAGAAGUUACAAUGCGCGAGGGAGACAAUCUAGAGCUUCUUAAAGUCGGAUGUGCUGGUUGGUGGUUUGUAAAAUUAAUAAGUACUGGAAUAGAAGGGUGGGCACCAGCAGCUUACUUGGAACCAAUGAAUCGGAAGAGUUCACGUAGCUCACAAUCAGUUAACAGCCAAGAAACUAUAUGAAACAGGCGUCUAACACACUAGAUUUUCCUAGUGUGUUAGAUUCAUGCAUGUAUUCAAAGAAUAUCACUUGUUGAAGUGUAAAAUUAACAAUCAUAUAUUGGCAGAUUUUAUAAUGCAUACAAAGAUAUAGACAAGAAUUCAGAAAUUUUGCAUAAUAUACAUACAAUAUAACGAAACUUAUUUCAGACCGUAUGAUAUAGCAAUAUAUGCUUGAUCUAUAUGAUUAAUCUGUGAAUAAUUAGAGCCACAUAUAUAACUUUUGAAAUGGAAAAUUAGAUGAGGAGAAUCUAAGAUAUUAACCUAAUUAGUUAAUCCUUCAUAAAAAGGUAUAAAUAACGAGAAACCAGGGAAUGAAAAAAUGCAUAAACUUUUUUACUACAUAAAGUAUAUUACGAAAGAAUUUGUUGGUGGAAGCGCUUUACGCAAGCAAAUAAAAUUUGCAU